CAAAGUGAGCUGAACUCCUUCCUGUGGACUAUAAAGAGAGACCCGCCAUCUUACUUUUUUGGUACCAUUCACGUCCCUUAUACUCGAGUCUGGGAUUUUAUCCCUGAGAAUUCCAAGAAAGCCUUCCAGAACAGUCAUAUUGUCUACUUCGAGCUGGACCUCACAGAUCCCUACACAAUCUCUGCUUUGACCAGUUGCCAGCUCCUACCACAGGGCAAGAACCUUCAGGAUGUGCUCCCCAGGGACCUCUACCGCCGACUCAAGCGCCAUUUGGAGUAUGUCAAGCUGAUGAUACCUUCCUGGAUGACUCCAGAUCAACGAGGCAAAGGCUUAUAUGCAGACUACCUCUUCAAUGCUAUUGCAGGCAACUGGGAGAGGAAAAGGCCUGUUUGGGUCAUGCUAAUGAUGAAUUCUCUGACUGAGGUGGACAUCAAGUCACGGGGUGUACCUGUUUUAGAUCUCUAUCUGGCUCAGGAAGCAGAACGCCUCAAGAAGCAGACUGGUGCAGUCGAAAAAGUAGAGGAACAAUGCCAUCCAUUGAACGGUCUCAAUUUUUCUCAGGUGAUCUUUGCUUUGAAUCAGACUCUCUUGCAACAGGAGAAGCUCCGAGCAGGCAGUCUACAGAUUCCUCACAGUACAGAGGACCUUAUCAAGCAUUACAACUGUGGAGACCUCAACAAUGUCAUCUUCAAUCAUGAUACUUCCCAAGUGCCAAAUUUCAUCAAUGCAUCACUGCAACCUCAUGAGCGCAUCAUGGCUCAGGAGAUUGACAACUACUUCCGCCACGAGCUUAUCUACAAGCGGAAUGAGCGGAUGGGCAAACGAGUAAAAGGUUUACUGGAAGAGUAUCCAGAUAAAAGCUUCUUCUUUGCAUUUGGAGCUGGCCAUUUCAUGGGCAACAAUACAGUCAUAGAUGUUUUGAGGAGAGAAGGAUAUGAAGUAGACCAUACAUCUGCUGGGCAAGCAAUCAGUGGGAAAAAUCAACAGAAGUUCUUGUCUGCCCUCUCCUCAAUGUCCCCAGAAUAUGCCUCUUACAUUAUCUCCCAAGAGAUCCAACAACAGGAGGAAGAAGAGGAGGAUGACCUGUUGCCCCGCACAUUAUUGCCCCAAAGCAUGGACCUGCUGGAGAAAGCAGAGAGGAAAUACAAGAAGAAGAAGAAACAGCAGAAGAAACAGCGUUUACGUCAGUUCAAUGACCUUUGGGUACGCAUCGAGGAAAGCACCACCGAGCCACCUCUGCGGAUUCAUAUAAUUAAUGGUUACAUUUCUGUGGAACCUCAGCCACGAGGACACAAGCAUUCCCACCAUAUCCAGGCAGAAACAAGCUCUUCUAGCAGACCCUUUCUAUUCUUCUUCACUUUGACUAUUGUGUUGCUUAUAAUCUGUUGAAACUAGAAUGACUCUGCCAUAUUCAGCUAUGUGCCUUUUAAAAAAUGGGGAAUUGGGGGUAGAGAUAAAGGAAAUCAUAUAUUUUUUUCUGAACAGGAAAUCGUCUGUGUGGAUUUUAUUCUUUUAAAACAUCCUUUUCCUGAAUCUGGACCAUUAACUUGAUUAACUGUUUUGACCAUACCCAAUGCAGGAAAAGAUAUUUUUUUAAAUGAAAGUCAUUAUUUAUUCUUCCCUUGCAGAAGAAUUAUUUCAUGUUAUCCCAGAAUUAUUUGGGAAAUGUAUAUGUAACAUAGCUGUUAUUUAGCUGUAUGGAUUUGACUUGAAUAAAAUUUAUCGGGGGGUUGGUUGGUUUCCAUGUUGUUUCUAGUUUUGUGGUAAAGAAAAUAUUCAGCACUUUAAAGUAAUAGGAAGAGAUUUUUAAAAAUGCCAG